AUGGAUACUCCAUUAGGUGAAGGAGGCCAUAAACCUAAAAUUGGAAUGAUGUUCAAGUCCUUUGAAAAUGCAUACAACUUUUACAAUGCUUACGGACGUGAAGUUGGAUUUAGUGUGAGAAUAGAUUAUUCCAAUAAAAACACUAAAACUGGAGAAAUUACUUUUGCCCAAUUUGUAUCUUGCAAGGAUGGUUACAGAGUAAAUGACAAAAGGGACCAUCUUACAAAAGAAGCUAGGGCAGAAACAAGGGUCGGAUGUGCAAUUGAUGUCGACUUGGCUGAUGAUUUUGGACGACCAGUUGGUUCUUCAUAUGAACUAAUGGGACGGCAAUCCUGGGCAAGAGAAGCGCUUGGGUUUACAAAAGUAGACCAAAAAAAUUAUUUGAGAAUCAAGAGACAAAAACAAUUACAAUCUGGAGAGGCUGGAUUCAUAUUUGAGUAUUUUCAAUCACAGAAGUUGGAAAAUCCCACAUUUUUUCAUGCGGUUCAGUUGGACAAAGAUGACUAUAUAACCAAUAUAUUUUGGGCUGAUGCAAGGAUGAUUAUUUAUUAUGGUCAUUUUGGAGAUAUUGUGUCGUUUGACACAACAUACAAGGUGAAUAAUGUGAAUCGACCAUUUGCCGCUUUUGUUGGUCUGAAUCAUCAAAGAGAAACAGUUAUAUUUGGAGGUGCUUUAAUGUAUGAUGAGACAUCUGAUUCAUUUGUAUGGUUGUUUGAAACAUUUUGUAAGACAAUGUCUCAUAAAUUUCCGAAGACAAUUAUAAGUGACCAAGAUGCGGCUAUUACAAAGGCAUUAGCAUUGGUGAUGCCCGAGACACACCACCAUCUUUGUAUAUGGCAUAUUAUGCAAAAUGGUACGAAGCAUUUAGGUAAUGUUAUCAAGGGUCCAGUGGGUAUAACAGGCAUUUUAUCUGAGUUUAUGAAAAAAUAUGAGAAUGAAGAUGAUUUUGAAAUAUGUUGGGACUCCAUGCUAACCGAGUGUGGUGUUCGUAACAACAAAUGGUUUUCUGAAACGUAUAAUUUAAGGACCAAAUGGGCAAAGGCAUUUGUGAAAAAUCACUGGUGUGCUGGUAUGCAUAACACUCAACUUAGUGAAAGCUUCAAUUUCGGAUUGAAAAAAUUUGCUAAAUCUGACCAUAAUAUUCCUGAUUUUUUCAAACAUUUUGAUAGGAUGAUCACUGAGAAAAGGUAUAUUGAGCUAAAGGCGGAGUAUGAUUUGACUCACCAAGAGCCGAAUGUUAAACUUCCGUGCAUGAUGGUAGUCAAAGCUGGUUAG